ACCAUGGUGCCCAGCAUGGCCUCGCUGCUGGACGGCUCCUCCGAGUACCGGCCCGAGCUCUCCAUCCCGCUGCACCACGCCAUGAGCGUGCCCUGCGAAGCCUCGCCGCCCGGCAUGGGCAUGAGCGGCACCUACACCACGCUGACACCGCUCCAGCCCCUGCCGCCCAUCUCCGCCGUCUCCGACAAGUUCCACCACCCGCACGCCCAUCCGCACGCCCACCACCAUCACCACCACCACCACCAGCGCCUGCCGGGCAGCGCCGGCGGCGGCUUCGCGCUCAUGCGGGACGAACGCGGAUUGCCGGCCGUCAACAGCCUCUACGGGCCCUACAAGGAGGUACCGGCCGUGGGGCAGAGCCUCUCGCCGCUGGGCAACGGGCUGGGCCCGCUCCCYGGCGCCCAGCAGGGCCUGCACGGCUACGGGCCGCCCGGCCACGACAAGAUGCUGAGCCCCAACUUCGAGGCGCACGCGGCGAUGCUGGCGCGGGGAGAGCAGCACCUGCCCCGGGGGCUGGGAACACCCCCGGCCAUGCUGCCGCCCCUGAACGGCGCGCAUCACCCCGCGCCCCCCGGGCCGCCGCCGCCGCCGCACGGCCCCGCGCUGCCCGCCGGCCGGGAGCGGCCGCCCCCCGCCACCGGCCCGCAGGGGAGCGGCUCGGGGCAGCUGGAGGAGAUCAACACCAAGGAGGUGGCACAAAGGAUCACGGCGGAGCUGAAGCGCUACAGCAUUCCCCAGGCCAUCUUCGCYCAGCGGGUGCUGUGCCGCUCCCAGGGGACCCUGUCGGACUUGCUGCGGAACCCCAAGCCUUGGAGUAAACUCAAGUCCGGCCGGGAGACGUUCCGCAGGAUGUGGAAGUGGCUGCAGGAGCCGGAGUUCCAGAGGAUGUCGGCCCUGAGGCUGGCAGCCUGCAAACGCAAAGAGCAAGAGCCCAACAAAGAGCGCAACAACUCCCAGAAGAAAUCCCGSCUGGUUUUCACGGACCUCCAGCGCCGAACGCUUUUUGCCAUCUUCAAGGAGAACAAGCGUCCCUCCAAAGAAAUGCAGAUCACCAUCUCCCAGCAGCUGGGCCUGGAGCUCACCACCGUCAGCAAYUUCUUCAUGAACGCCCGCCGGCGCAGCCUGGAGAAGUGGCAGGACGACCUGAGCUCCGGGGGCUCCUCCUCGGCCCCCAGCACCUGCACCAAGGCGUGAGGGGCRCGGCACGGCCCAGAGAGCGGUGUCACAGCAGGGCCCCGAGCUGGUGACUUAAAGCACAAUCCCCCCGCAGCAACCCCAGCGCAGCCGUUCCCGAGGACGUUCCUACGGCUUCUCAUCGCUCUAAGCAGGCGCAGGUCCCACGUUAACCUCUCUCCACACAAUACUAUGCUCAGGACACGCCAASAAGUCUGAAAUGUAGGGGAGUUGUUCUUGAGGCAAGUUUCUCCUGAGCCCCAGGUUUCCGUGGCUGAUGGGAGCCGCUGCCAGCCCGGCCGUGCCCGGUGCCUACYGUGUGCUGGCCACACCACCCCGCAGCCACCCGACAACGGAGCACAAAGCACUAAAAACCCAAGACCCUGUUUUUAAACUCAGGCAUGGUUUUGUUAAGUGUU